AGGCCCGGAAGUGGAGUGCCCGACUGCGAGGGAGAAGCAAGGGGUGCGGAGCAGGAGGCACAGAGAGGGACCCUCCAGGACAAGGCGACUUCCGCUUCAUCGCCUGCUGUGUCUGCUCAUGGUGGCUUUUAAACAGGAGCCAUGAUGCCCUCCAGGCUUUUCUCAGCGGGCGGGCGGACUGCAUUGGAGGGCGUGCGGCACUGGACUCUGCCUGCAGGCCUGGCCUCCGGGCCCAGCCAGCUCCUCCCGCAGCGGGCAGCUCCCAGGCCGCUCUCCAUGGGCUGCGCAGGCCGCGCCAAGAACCCCGAGCCCCCCAGGAAGAGACUGCUCUCCGAGAAGAAACUGAAGAGGCAUUUUGUGGACCAUCGCCGAGUGCUUGUCCAAGCGGGACGCGGGGGCAACGGGGUGAGCUGCUUCCACAGUGAGCCCCGCAAGGAGUUUGGAGGCCCCGAUGGUGGUGACGGAGGCAACGGCGGCCACGUCCUCCUGCAAGCUGACCAGCAAGUCAAGUCACUGUCCUCCGUCCUGUCCCGGUAUCAGGGCUUUGAUGGGGAAGACGGCGGCAGGAAAAACUGCUUCGGGCGAAGUGGCUCUCCCCUCUACAUCCGGGUCCCCGUGGGCACUUUGGUGAAGGAGGGGAGUGAAGUUGUGGCCGACCUGUCGCACCCAGGAGAGGAGUAUGUCGCCGCUGUGGGCGGGGCCGGGGGCAAGGGCAACCGCUUUUUCCUGGCCAACAACAGCCGUGCCCCCGUGACUUGCACACCCGGCCAGCCUGGCCAGGAGCGGGUCCUCUUCCUGGAGCUCAAGACAGUGGCCCACGCAGGGCUGGUCGGGCACCCCAAUGCAGGGAAGUCCUCUCUGCUCCGGGCCAUUUCCAAUGCGAAACCCGCUGUGGCUUCCUACCCGUUCACCACCUUAAACCCCCACGUCGGGAUCGUUCAUUACGAGGACCACAAGCAAAUAGCAGUGGCCGACAUCCCGGGCCUUAUCCGGGGCGCACACCAGAACAGGGGCCUGGGGGCGUCCUUUCUCAGGCACAUCGAGCGCUGCUGUGUCCUCCUGUUCGUGGUGGACCUCUCGGCACCAGAGCCCUGGACUCAGGUCGACGACCUGAAGUUCGAGCUGGAGCAGUACUCAGCAGGCCUGGCUGAGCGGCCCCACGCCGUCGUCGCCAAUAAGGUCGAUCUCCCUCGCGCCAGAGCCAAUCUGCCACGGCUGCAGGCUCGCCUGGGCGGGAAGGCCAUUGCCCUGUCUGCAGUCACCGGGGAGAACCUGGAGGCGCUGCUGUGGCGCCUGAAGGAGCUCCAUGAUCUGCAUGCGGCCGCCGAGCCCCAGAUGCUGCGCUGGUAGCUUGGCCGCCACCAGCUCUGCACAGAGACCAGAGGGCCGCUCCCAGAGCCGCGAGUCAGGCUUCUGCAUUCAGCCCAUGUGGGGCGCAUCCUCGCCGGUCACCUGGUAGCUGACCCUCUGCCCCAACAGCCUGCUCCCAGCACUUCCAUGUGUGCAACAGGCUGGCUUGUGACCGUGAGCACCCCUCGUCAGCGGCCACACUGCAGACUGGCAUCCAGUGCCACUGGGCAUUGAGGACACUCACCUGUACAUGCAGCUGCCAGAGGCCGACCUUUGACCUCCAGGGACAUGCUCACCCUUAAAGAGGGGCAUUCUGCAGGGCUCUGCCCCACUGCCCCAGGCAAUGCUGCUCAAGGCCAUUGUGGGGCAGAGGGUGCCACCUCCCACUGUGCCCAGACUGCCUGCACCCCCAGGCCACAGCACUGACUGCCAGCAUGCACGCCGGUUAUUAGCUGAGGCAGAGACUUCUGUUUUCCCCAAAUAAAGUCUUUUGCUUCUGA